AGAAAAUGAAAGGACCUUGGGGCGGACUGAGGCUCUGCUGUGGACUAGUUGGACUAGUUAGAAUAGUAAUAAAAAAUAUUGCCCUCAAGGGUCAGGGUAGCUGUGCGUAUCAGUAUGGCUCAUGCCAUGAUCUACUGUAGUGACAGCUGAAGUGACAGAGGAUAUUCUGCUUUCUGACCACUGACCAGUCAAGGAACAGUGAAUCUGCACAUCUAGAUGGUUGGUUAAAAAUUGUGUGUGUCUGGUGAAGAAAGAAGCAAAUAUUCGGACAGUCAGUAAGUGAAAAAGUAUCCAGCAAGCCAUUGAGAAGUGAGGCAGUCCACCUUGGUCUAUCUGUGCAGCACCAGCUGCUAGAGCCCACAGCGGUCCGCCGGUACUGCCGAACGCUGUCCGAUCUCCGCGCGGGUCCGGCCCCUCCACCAUGGCCACGGUAAAGGUGCCCUGCCAGAAGGUGAUCCUCUGCGGCGAGUACGGCGUCGGCAAGUCGUCCCUGUUCCGCCGCUUCGCCAUGGACACGUUCGUCUCGGCCUCAGAUCGGAGGUCCACCCUGGGCCUGGACCAGUUCGAGAAGACGUACACGGUCGGCCCGGAUCAGCGGCAAAUCAAGCUCCAACUCUGGGAUACUGGCGGCCUGGAACGCGUGGCCUCCGUCACAUCCAGCUACUUCAAGUUCGCCGAGGCCGCCAUCCUAGUCUUCGCGCUGGAUAACAUCGACUCGUUCAACAUCCUGUCGCAGCACCUCCUGGAGAUUGUGACCCACGCUGAGCACGCCAAAAUCUACGUGUGCGGGAAUAAAACCGACCUGAAACACGACGUGGUCGUUACAGACGCCGACAUUCAGAUGUUCUGCGAACAAUGCCACAACGUAGUGACGGGCACGUUCAAGACGUCCUGUAAGACGGGCGAGGGCGUGCAGGAGAUGUUUGCCGAGAUCUCGCGCCAGGUGGCUGUCUCCAGUCGCUCCAGGAAGGAGCUGGAGCGGCUCGACGACCGCUCCUUCCGCGUGGAGGCGCCGCAUACACCCGACGAGCCGUGCUCCUGCUAACACCCGCUGGUGCUGACGCUGGACGCUGGUGCUGGACGCUGUGGCUGCUGGACGCUGACGCUGGUCACUGGACGCUGGUGCUGGUGCUGUGCUGGUGCUGGUGCAGGACGCUGGCGGUCUUGAUGCUGGUGUCAGUGCCGGGGCGACAGACGGUGUCCCAGGACAGUGAUGACAUUGGUUCGGGACAGCCGUCUUCUCUGAGUGAGUGCUGGCCGGUGCCUGUGAACUCCUGUGACUUUUGGGUCGGAGCACAAGCAAACGUCGGACCAUCAGACUGUGGUUUUGUCAUACUGACCAUUGUCGGACUGAAUCUUUGACGGAACACGGGACGCAAGUGACAUUAUCCUCCCGUGUAUACCGGUCAGCGCACGACGGAAUUACAAGACUGGUAACGUCCGUCUCAAGUCGCCGAGAAUCAAACUAGGAUGGACGGUCGCCGAUGUGCGGCCAGCAAUGGACUUUUAAUGACGAUCGAGUCCAGACAGCUGCCCGACUCCGUGUGGGACGCUCGGUUGGCAGUGCUGGACCGAGGAUGGCUCCUGGAGCUCUCUGAGAGUGUUCAUGUGUGCUGCAAAUGACACUCAGUGAAGUGAUACCGACUUUGGUUUCAGCAUGAGUGUGGUUUUAGCAGCUGUCGACCGGGAUUUGCGGACAAUGUGAGUUGGAAUUGAGAGUAGAUAAAAGUAACGGUUGACUGUGCUUGAUGCGGUUAGUUAUUUUAACAUGGUCGUAUUUCCGACCUAGUAUUUACAUUUGUUACCCGUAAUUUAGCGUAUUUAGUUUUAACGAGGUUGUUGGUAAGCGGGUAGCCCUUCCCACCUCUAUAAGUCGGUAUUGGGUAGGGCUGUGAUUAUCAAUGGGUGAUUAUUAAUUGAUUUUGUCAGAACAUGUCUGUCGCACAUUUCUCAAUAUUUGCAGGGGCGAACGAUAUAUUCCAAGUCCCAGGAAACGUUAAAUGCUCAUCGUGUUUGAACUCUUGAAAUCUCAUACUGCCCGAUACGCGUUCGAUUUCGAAGUGCUGUGCAUCUCGCGGGCAAAAACAGUAUUUUAAUACGGACCGCAGCUGUUUUGAGUUUUACCAGCGUUUAAAACCAUCCGCUCAAUGGAUGCAGCUGGUAGUGUGAAGGGAUCAUAAGUUCAAAGUCUGUGCCAGCCUUAGUUUCGUACGGGGAUGUGUUUGCCGUGUGUGUAGCGCAGAAUGUUUGCUAUUUUGUUAGUGGGGUUAUAAUAUCCUUUGGAAUGUAUUGCUGUGGUCGGUCGGUUGUGGUGUACUUUGCCUGGUUCCAAGUGCCCGAGGCGGGUAGACUCGCCUCUGCUGCUGUGGGAUGACCUCUCCGCCGCGGAGUGGCGCGGUAGACAGCUCAGUCCGAUGGGCUGCUGUGACCCGCCCUGGGGGUUAGAUCAGGAGUCAGCUCAGUUGUGACCCAGCCCCUGUAGGUCAGGUCAGGGGUUCCGUCUUAACCCGGCCCUGUCUGCUGUGACCGUUUCUGCGUGCUGCCGGCUGUUGUGAUUGGUCCCUCCGGCCGGGAUGAAUGGUGCUCUUCUGACUGGUGAAUAUAUUCGUUAUACAAUGUU